AUGGCUGUACAUUGGUGCAUUGUGUUGCUUUCCGUGAUUAUUAGCGUGGCGGUUACAGAGCAUCCUCCCAACAAUCCUCCUUUCGUUUUGGAUGAGGUUAAUGUUGCAGCCGAAACUCGGAUACUAGAGCGAGUGGCUCAUUUGUUACAAAGCUUGAGUGACAAAAUAAAAAUGUUGGACGAUCGAGUUGACAAAUCUUUAGGAAAAGUUUCGGAACAAUUGCAAAGCUUUUCAACAUCAACUACGCAACGGAUGGUCAAUCUAGAGCAAAAGCUAGAACGGCUUCCGGAAGACACGGGAGUAUACUUUAUGCAACCGAAUACUACCAGCAACAUAACAUUUGAAGUAUCGCGUGACUGGUCUAAUAAUCACGGAUUCGGCAAUAAUUGGAUCGUCUUCCACCGACGGUUCAACGGUUCGGUCGAUUUCUAUCGCAACUGGACCGAGUAUAAGCAAGGAUUUGGUGAUCUACGCGGCGAGCACUGGUUGGGGUUGGAUAAGCUGCACGCGAUCGUGAAAACACAGCGACAUGAGCUGCUCAUCGUAUUGGAAGACUUCAAAGGCGUGAUUGCGUAUGCACAUUACGAUGACUUUCAAAUUGGGAAUGAAACUGAGAAAUACAUCAUAAAAUCGGUCGGUAAAUACACCGGCACGGCGGGUGAUUCGUUUACCUAUCACAAGGAUGAAAUUUUUUCAACAUUCGACCAGGAUAAUGAUGAUACAGAUUUUAACUGUGCUACAACGUUCGCAGGCGGAUGGUGGUAUUACAAGUGUUAUGUGAGCCAUUUGAAUGGAGAAUAUUUGAAAGGAGAAAUUAAUCGUCAAGCUGGAAUUAUCUGGUAUCGAUUUCGAGGUCAUUAUUGCUCUCUAAAGAGGGCCAAAAUGAUGGUUCGCCCUGUUGCGUGA